GCUCCUCAUGCUGCUGCCAGCGGCAGGGACCAGCCUCUCCGCAGCCGGCUCCGUGCGCCCCGGGACGGCACCAUGAACAGCCUCCCCGCCGACAAGGAGAGCGGCGCGGCCGAGCCCGGCCUGCCCGAGGAGGAGGUCCGGACUCUCUUUGUGAGCGGCCUUCCCCUGGACAUCAAACCGCGGGAGCUCUACUUGCUGUUCAGACCCUUCAAGGGUUAUGAAGGCUCUCUGAUAAAACUCACCUCUAAACAGCCUGUAGGGUUUGUCAGCUUUGACAGUCGCUCAGAAGCAGAAGCUGCUAAGAAUGCGCUGAAUGGAAUUCGCUUUGACCCCGAAAUUCCACAAACGCUACGACUAGAAUUCGCCAAGGCAAACACCAAGAUGGCCAAGAGCAAGCUAGUGGGAACCCCGAACCCGAGCACUCCUCUCCCCAGCACGGUACCUCAGUUCAUUACCAGGGAGCAAUAUGAGCUCACAGUGCCUGCACUUUAUCCCAGUAGCCCUGAAGUGUGGGCGCCGUACCCUCUGUACCCAGCGGAGUUAGCACCUGCUCUACCUCCUCCUGCUUUCACCUAUCCCGCUUCACUGCAUGCCCAGCUUGUGCAACUAGAGGAGCUGGGGUUUGCUCAUCGCCUGCCCGUUUUUGUUCAGCAAUGCGCUGGAGGUGGCUGCAAAUAGACAAGGGUUUUCUAGAUAAGUUCCACCGUACCUUUAAAGACUUUUGGCUCAAUCCCCUCAGUUUCACUGAGGCAAAACCCCUGUAGAGGUCAAUGAGAGCAGGCGCCGUCCAUUUAUUUACAAGUAACAGGUCACAGUGUGCAGCGCCUGAAUGAUCAGAAUCCGGCCCUGAAGUAGAGCUCGCCAGUGGAAUCUAGUCAAUGGGUAAAGCUGUCUCAGGAAUAUUCAGCCAGCUUUUAAUUACCUUAUUCAACUUUCUAAUUAAAGCUAAUUGGGAGAGUCGUUGAGAGCUUGGUAGUAUGUUAUCUGGGGAUCUGAAAGCACUUUCUAAACAUUAAUUAAUUAACCCCGAUGAGGCAGGUCAGUAUUCUACCUGGGACGACGUGUCACAGUGAGGGAGUGACAUGGCCAGUGGCUCACAGCACAGCAUUGCUACAGCACACAGUAAAGCCCUGGUUUCAGGGGGCCCCCCCUGCCAAAGACCUGGCACUUCAGCAGCGGGUCCCGGAGCAGAAGGACCCCCCCGCUGCCGAAUUGCCAACGACG